AUGCCCCCCCAAACCACCUACCCCUCCGCCUCCGCCAUCUCCUACACCGCUACCCUCCUCCUCGCCAUGUACCUCAACCACCGCGCCACCACCCCACCAGUCCCCCUGACCACGACCAAAAGCACCAACGACGAGAUCUUCACCAGAACCGGCGGCUUCAGCGGUCUGCGCAACUACCGCUGGUUCAUGGCCACCCUCUUCCUCUCCCAAGCCGCCUGCGCCCUCCUCUUCAACACCACCUCGUUUGGCCUCCUCUGCCCAAACCCGAAUGGCCCGAACCCCGCCCUCCUGGCCUGGAGUCCGCAGAGUGCCGUCUACCUGGCUACCAUCAUCAUCUUCUGCUCUCUCCGGCUGGGCGCGUAUAGGAACCUCGGCUCGUCUUUCACGUAUAUGCUUACGGUCCCUAAGAACGGGCUCGUCACGACGGGCAUCUACCGGUACGUGCAGCACCCGAGCUACGUGGCGUAUUUCAUCAGCACCGUGGGCGUGGUGCUGCUGACGUGGCGCGUCGAUGGGGCCGCGGCGUGCUGGGUGCGGCCGGGGACGGGGCUGUGGGUCGCGAACGCGGUGUUCAAUGUGGGGUAUGGGAUGGCGCUGUUCUUUGGGUUUGGCGUGCGGGUUAGGGAUGAGGAGAAGUUUCUCAAGGGGCAGUUUGGGAGGGAGUGGGAGGCGUGGCAUCAGAAGACGGCGAGGUUUGUGCCGUUUGUGUGGUAAGGGGUUAAAGAGCGAGAGGGAGGAGAUUGCAAGGUGGUGGGGGAGCGAGAACGGAGGAGGUUGCAGUGGAGGUUUAGGUUGGCUCGGGAGUCUCUUAUCAUAUGAAGGUGCUACGGCUAGAUAGGCGGGCGGUUGUGGUUUCGAUUCGGGCAGGUUAGAACCAGAGUCUUUGAUAGUUCAAGGGCUUCAGGGGGCUGUUGUAGAUGAGCGGGGUUCAGUCACAAAAUCCGAGCCUGGACAUACACGUUCAAAAGCACAUCAGGCGUAU